AGGACCCAAAAUGGGCGGUCGAAGUACACACUUUAAACCGUAUUCAUGUCUAUGCUUCAACGCCUUCAACACUAACGCGUAUGUGAAGGGAACAAGGGUGGAACAAGGGUGGAAGUGCGAGUAUUCGGACCAGGGCUACCUUUAGAUGGCAGUAAUACACCUUUAUAGAUGUAAUGUGCGAUUAGACUCCCCAGAAGAAGAUCCAAGCAGACCUACUCAUAUCUAUAGUUUAUGGCAGACGUGGCAAACGAUCGACGUCUUUCAACUGGCCGAUCACACAUUUGUUGAGCACUUCCGAAACAGCAUACUGCAGAAUCUGGACUAAAGCUUAGCUUUGUAGCAAAGAAGAUGAUGGAAGAGAGUGGGAUUGAGACAACGCCUCCUGUGAGCCCAACACCUUUAUCACUCGCCACCUCAGCCAGUAAUCCACCACUCACCAGUGGUCUGUCAAGUCAGCGUUCUCUCUCUGGAACCAGCUCUAUCACAAAUUGUUCACCUUCCGUUUCUAACUCUCCUCCAUCCAUUGAUUUCCUUCCUCACUUCAGUAGCUCUUUGACCACGCCAUGUUCCUCUCUCUCCCAGUUGCCUCCCUCGUCAACUCUCGUCUUACCUUUCCCUACCAGUUCUACCUUCCCUCCUGUGAAUUCCCCCCCUUUGCCUCCUUUACCUUCUUCUGUUAGUCCACUCUCAGCAGCUGGUAUGGCUGCCUCUCCUGUACACCCACCCACGACAGGGUUCUCUACAAGUGCUGGAUACGACAUCACACGGGGUCAUGCCGGACGAACGCCACAGACGCCCUUGAUGCCUACAUUCUCUAAUGCUUCUCCACUGCCAGGUAUUGUGUCUACCACCAUAUACAAGCAUACAGGAGGACUAAAUACUGGAUCUCCAAUUACUUUCCCAGAGGAGGUUGAGGACCCUAUAGUGUCUGAAGACACCUCUUCCCCAAAAGGGAUCUGGGGUUUUUUAAAGGGAGUAGCAGGUAAUCCUGUGGUAAAGAACGUCCUAAAUAAAACCAGACACUCAGUAGAGUCCAUGAUCACUACUCUGGACCCUGGCAUGGCACCAUACAUCAAGUCAGGUGGAGACAUUGACAUUGUUGUGGCUUCUGAUAAGGACAUGAGCGUGCAAGCUGUCAGAGAGGCCUUCCAGGAGGUUUUUGGGAUGGCAACGGUCACUGGAGAGCCAAGUCAGUCCAACAUUGCCCCUCAACCAGUGGGUUAUGCAGCUGGAGCUAAGGGGGCCCAAGAACGCAUUGACGGCUUGCGUCGAGCUGGUGUGAUUCAUGAGAAGCAGCCUGUAGUCGCUUUGGAAAACUUCAUAGCUGAACUUUUUCCAGAGAAGUGGUUUGACAUUGGCUGUUUAAUCUUGGAAGACCCUGGUCAUGGCAUUUGCGUGGAGGUCUUCACACAAGCAACUCCUCUGACACUGGAUCACAUUCAGCAGGCUCAUUCCCUUACACCGCCUGACUACAGCCUGCGUUGGUCCGGCCUGGUCGUUACAGUGGGAGAGAUCUUGGAGCGCAGUCUGCCGAACAUCAGCAGAACAGAUUGGCACAAGUCUGUAACAGGAUUAAGCCAACAUUAUAUAAUCCAAUGUGCAGCCAAAGUUCUUGCUGGACUUUACAAACAGAAGCUGCUUUCCUGGACUGAGUGAGGCUGACUGGUAACAGAUUCCAUAGGGACACAGAAACGGCCAUGAAAACUACCGUUCUACUUUUGGAUUAGAUGUAUCCAUUUGUGCCCACUGAGAUUUUCCAAGUGUUUUUCAAUGCCGUAAGAUUUUAACAAAGUCUUGUUUUUCUGUAUUGUGUUAUGAAAAGGUUCCACUAUAUUCUGACAUUAUAUUAAUUUCUUUACUUAUUAACAGUUUUCAUAAAGUUGUUGAAUGGAAAAUAAAUCUGCUUUUUUUUUCUGCAGGCUGCAGGGUUUCUUUUUUUGUUUUUCUGCUAUGUUGAUUUAACAGAUAGAGAAUAAUUUGAUAAAACUGUGCAUUUACCCCAAAGCAUUGCAACAUUGAAUUUCAAUGUGUACAUGAACAUACAUUGCAAUAUGCUGUGAAGUGGUAAAUGUAUGGGCACAAAAAUACAUGCAAGUUGAUUCUUAGGCUACCCUUGUUCUUAAGUGUAGUACCAGGAAUUAUCUACUCUGCAUGAUGACAAAAAAAAUAAAAAAUGCUGCAUCAAAGUUGGACAGAGUCCAGGUUGAUGAAACUUACCAAUGUGCGACCCAAGUCACUAGAUUGGCCAUUCAAAAUCCUUGGUGCCAAAGACACCAAGAUUUUUUACACCAAGAAAAAUUAAGGUAUGCAAGUGAUCUUGCAUACCUUAAUUUUUCAUUUUAUCUCUUAGUUGUAAGCUGGUUGGUUUAUCUUUUUUAAAUAAACAUUCUGCAGAUAUUUUAUCUGUUUUUAAAUUCUUCUUUAUCUUAAUGUGCAGAUUUAAACUGUUGUUGAAAAAGUAUAUUUUAAAAAUUUGACUCUUGUAUGCAUCAUAUUUAUGUACAUUAGCAUUUUCACCUCCAGCAUUAAAAAAUAAUGGUUGAAGAUCGUGUACAAAUAAUUGACCAUUAGGAAAAGGUUUCUUGUUUUGUUUGUUUCUAUUAUAGAAGAACCUAAUACUUCAUUUGCUCAUUUUGGCUACAUU